UCUUGAAACCACGUUGUAUGUGACGUCAAAGGGUUUAGCAACUGCUUGGGCUUUGUAGAUGUUGCAGAAAUGUCUGUGUGUAAUAAAGUCCUCUCUAUUAUUUUAAUAUUUGUGAUACUUCAUGGAAUACCGUCAGAUGGACAAAAGAAGAAAGAGACUCUCUUGUCGGAGAAGGUUGGACAGAUGAUGGACUGGGCUAAUAAAAGGGCAGUAAUCCGUAUGAAUGGAGACAAGUUUCGGCGGUUUGUGAAAGCCCCACCAAGAAACUACUCCGUUGUGGUGAUGUUUACAGCACUGCAGCCACAGAGGCAAUGCGCUGUGUGCAAGCAGGCAGAUGAAGAAUACCAAAUCCUGGCAAACUCAUGGCGCUACUCCAAUGCCUUCACCAAUAGGGUCUUCUUUGCUACUGUUGACUUUGAUGAAGGUUCAGAUGUAUUCCACAUGAUGAAUAUGAAUUCUGCUCCAACCUUCAUGAUUUUCCCAUCCAAAGGGAAGCCUAAAAAAGCUGACACGUACGAACUUCAGGUCCGCGGCUUUGCUGCAGAGCAGAUAGCUCGAUGGAUUGCUGACAGAACUGACGUCAAUAUUCGAGUAAUAAGGCCACCAAACUAUGCUGGACCUUUGAUGCUGGGAUUCUUGCUGACUGUAAUUGGAGGGCUGGUGUACCUGAGAAGGAAUAACCUUGAAUUUCUUUAUAAUACAAAUGUCUGGGCAUUUGCUGGUUUGUGCUUCGUGCUGAUCAUGACUUCAGGUCAGAUGUGGAAUCACAUACGAGGGCCUCCCUAUGCCCAUAAGAAUCCUAACACAGGACAAGUGAGUUAUAUCCAUGGAAGCAGUCAGGCCCAAUUUGUGGCUGAAACUCACAUUGUGCUUUUGUUCAAUUCUGCUGUUACGUUGGGUAUGGUACUGUUGCAUGAAGCUGCAACUUCUGACAUGGACAUAGGAAAAAGGAAGAUUAUGUGUGUUGGUGGCAUUGCAUUGGUUGUGCUCUUCUUCAGCUGGUUGUUAUCAAUCUUCAGAGCCAAAUAUCAUGGAUAUCCUUACAGUUUUCUUAUGAGCUAAAUGGAGCCCAGUGGCAAGCCCAUUUAACUUCCCACUGAAAAAGCUGAGAUUCCCUGCAUUUGGCUGUGAUGAUAGGAGGAUAUUUGAAGUGGUCAGUGCUACCUCUAACAUUAUAUGCGAGAUACGACCCGUGGAACACUGAAACCAAAGACCGAACAGUGCCUUAAUAUGUUAGCUGGCAUUUUUUUUUUUACUUAAUCGUUUGUAGUGCUGCAAUUUUACCCCCCCCCCCUUUUUUUUUUUUUUUUUUUUUGAGGCAUUCUAGAUUCUUUGGUUUUAAUAUGGGGGGGAGACUAUAUAUUUCUGUUUUGGUUAAUAAUAAAAUAUGUCCUCAAUUAUAAAACGAAAGCACAUAAGUCAUUGUGUGGCAAGCCAUUUCAGGUUUUACUAGUUGAACCAAUUGACGACAUGUCCAGUUAGUUGUAAAGCCCGGAAUGACUCUAAGCUCUAUGCAGCAGGAUUCCCUACCCUGUGUGGUCUUGUUAAAUUGUCAGUUUUAAGUUAUGUGUUCUGAACUAAGUAAAUUAAAUUAAAAAAUGUUUUGGCAAAGAGUAAACUCUGUAUAACUGCAUUUUUAAUGAUUGAAAAUAAUGACAUAUGCAAUGCUCCUUGUGGUUAAUUUCAUUUUUUGGAGUUAAGUGCCUUAAUAAUGUAGUUUUAGCUUUUCAUUUCAAAGGGCUUAUUUCUAGACACUUCUAUUUUAAAAUACUGUAUUCAAGACAGCAGUGCCCAGAAAGUGACAACAACUUGAUGUCAUUCAAUGUGUUCGCAUUUUGCAAUAAAAACUUGAAAUGCUC